UUCACUCCAGCACCGGCAGAGCAGGAAUGACUCACAGGCACGGGUGCUCAGGUUCCCAUAGGUGAGGGACUGACUCCCCUCUCCGGAAAAACGCAGUGCGCUUUCCUCCUGGAGUGGCCUUGGCGGGGUGCUGGAACGCUCCGUCUGCCCGGUCUGGUCUCUGGGGCCAGGGCUGGGUUUCCCUCAUGUAUGGCAAGAGCCCUACGCGUGCUGUGCUUUUUCUCCUCGGCAUACAGCUCACAGCUCUUUGGCCAAUAGCAGCUGUGGAAAUUUACACUCCCCGUGUGCUGGAGGCUGUCAAUGGGACCGAUGUUCGGUUAAAAUGCACUUUCUCCAGCUUUGCCCCUGUGGGUGAUGCUCUAACAGUGACCUGGAAUUUCCGUCCUCGAGAUGGGGGCCCUGAGCAGUUUGUUUUCUACUACCAUGUGGAUCCUUUCAGACCCAUGAGUGGGCGUUUCAAGGACCGGGUGGUCUGGGAUGGGAACCCUGAGCGGUACGAUGUCUCCAUCCUCCUCUGGAAGCUACAGUUUGAUGACAAUGGGACAUACACCUGCCAGGUGAAGAACCCACCUGAUGUUGAUGGGCUGAUAGGGGAGAUCCAGCUCAGCGUUGUGCAAACUGUACGCUUCUCUGAGAUCCACUUCCUGGCCCUGGCCAUUGGCUCCGCCUGUGCACUGAUGGUCAUAAUAGUAAUUGUGGUGGUCCUCUUCCAGCAUUUCCGGAAAAAGCGACGGGCUGAAAGAGCUCAUAAAGUGGUGGAGAUAAAAUCAAAAGAAGAAGAAAAGCUCAACCAAGAAAAAAAGGUUUCUGUUUAUUUAGAAGACACAGACUAACAUUAUUAUAUGGAAGCUGAAGAUUUCCAAGAACAAGAACCCUGAGAUAAGUUGGUGUUAAUGGAAGCUUUUCUUUGGCUUUUCCAGUUGUGACCUGUCUUCCAACCAGCUCUGCAGUAUAUAACCACCUAGACAAGCAACGUUCCUCUGGUGCCAGCAUAGGGCCCUUCUUGAGCAGAUACCAGCAGACUCACACACAGCCCUGUUACUAAGGUUUUAUUUAAUUUCAGAGUACAAAUAUUGUAUUUUUUUCAAAUGCUCAUUAGCUUUUAUAUACUAGGAAGCUACAUUUUUGCCCUUAAACACUCCUUGUGGAUUAUGAUUUGUAUACAUAUCUAUUGGCAUCAAAUGGGAUAAAAGUCCACUUGUGUGUCAUAAGAUUUCCUUUAAUAUAUUAGUUUCCUUAGAGCAGCACUCUUGCUACUAAAGUUAACAUGUUUACUCUUUCCUUCUCACACUCUCAAUUAAAAGGUGAGCUGAUUCUCCCAACUGUUUUUGAUUGAUUAACAGAAAAUUCUAAAUUCAACCUGUUAAAGAACAGUUUGAUUUUUAUGGCUCUCCUUAAGUAUGGGACACAUCUUAUUUUAUUGAAUUUCUUUCAAUACCCUAGAUGGCAGGUUUUUGUUUUUGUUUGUUUUUGGUCAAUUGAUCCAAGGUUUACAGUAGUACAAGUCUAAACCACAGAGUAACUAGGGAAGGUUACAGAAGUGCUAGUAGAUUGACAAAGGCCACCUCAAGAUGAAUUGCUUGUCACCUUUUUUCUCUGCUGUGACAAGCAAUCAACAGCUCAGAUCUUUCAUGAGCAGUGAAUGACUGUUUAGCUUACUAUAGUUUUUCCCCCAAUUCAAUUAUUUAUAACAACAGAGCAAAAUCUAUGCUUAUUUGUAGACUGGAAUCAUUAAGCAGUUAAAUGGAGUUUCUGAAGGAGUAUAUUACAAUUAAAAAAUUUAGGGCUAGUGAAAAAAAUCACCCUAAAUGAUAAUAAUUUUGUAUGGUGUUAUACAAAGCUCUGAGAACUGGAAGACAUUAAAUUUUUUUCUUUUA